AAACGGAGGCUUAAUCAUUCAAUCAUACCGUGCCGUAACCCUAAAAGCAUUGCACCGCAUCCUAUAUACACAACCUUCCAUGCAUAUCCCAUUUGUAUGCGACAAGUCCUUUGCUCAAGGCAAGGUGCUUUAAAUGAGCUCAUCCCCCAGCGCAGGGAUUACAGAAGCAUACAACGGGAAUAUGUAGCAGGACACCUGCCCACGACAGCCACAGUCGUUAAAAAUUGAUCGCUCAGAACAUGGGACGCUUCAGAUGGGAGCUCUCCAUGUGAUUCAGUGAGUGCCUUUAUCAGCGGCAGCUGCAGUUCCUCUCACAGACACUCACACUGCCUCUCUGAGCACGAGAAACAAGGACGUCCUUCUUUUGCCUGGAAACCAGAGAUGUUAGGAACGAGCAGUUAAAGCCUCGCUGUAUCAGUACUGCUCAACUUUCAUUUCUGAGGAGUUAAUCAGCUUCUUGAGACAUUUGAAAUCGCCGUGCAGAUCUGGCGACAAGGGACUACUUGAAAAGCUCAACCUGAAUGUAAUAUUUGGUUGAAGAAGGCAGGAAUAAAAAGCCAUCAUCAUGAAUUUUGUUAUGAAGCAAGCUUUGGGAGGGGCGACCAAAGACAUGGGGAAAAUGCUGGGGGGCGAGGAGGAGAAGGACCCUGAUGCCGAGAGAAAGGAGGAAGAAAGACAGGAAGCCCUAAGGCAACAGGAGGAGGAGAGGAAGGCAAAGUAUGCAAAAAUGGAAGCGGAGAGGGAAUCGCUUCGACAUAGCAUCAGGGACAAGUAUGGUAUAAAGAAGAAGGAAGAGAAGGAGGCAGAAGCCCAGGCAGCCAUGGAGCAGGCAUCAGAAGGCAGUCUGACCCGUCCCAAGAAAGCAAUCCCUGCCGGCUGCGGCAAUGAAGAAGAGGAGGAGGAAAGCAUCGUGGACACCGUCAUGAAGUUCCUCCCAGGCCCGCUUCAAGAUAUGUUCAAUAAAAAGUAACAGUGUUCUACGACAAGUU